UGGGGGAGGCAAAGGAAACAUUACAUUUUAAGAACCAAAAAAAAAAAAAAACCUUUGAUCAAACCCUUUUAAAGGUGGCCAGGGUCCUACACAGCUUAGUAGAGAUUCUGGGUACUAAUCAAUAGCAUCCAGUCUACAAAUAUAAAGAAACGAAGAUGAAAUCUCACUUCUUGAUUGUCGUGGCUCUUCUUUUUGGAACUCUGCGCUCAGAACUGUUUGCUCAAAAUGUUAACAAGCCGCAAUCCUGUUGCUUCAAAUUCCAGAAAACUGUAAUUCCAAGACGCUAUAUUGUUGCUUAUGAAAUGACUCGGGAUGACUGCCCAAACCUGGGUGUAAUACUUAUUGGUGCAAGUGGAAGAACAGUGUGUGCCAAUCCAAAUGAUGAUUGGGUCGUGAAGUACAUGAAUUACUUUGAUCGGCUGGCGCUUCAACUACCCAAAACAACUACAGAGACACCAAAGUGAAUUGAUUAACAAAAGUCUUCUGCAACUCAAUGCUCUGUUUAAACAUUUUUGUUCUUUCAGUCAUUCAAAACCAGGCAAUAUAUUAAUCUAGCAAGUAAGACAUUUUAAAAUUAAAUAUCUUUUAAAGGAUCAUGUCAGAUUUGUAUUUCCUUAUAUGUACAGUAAAUUUUUUUGUGUAUUAAUCUGUCACCUUUUGUUUUGCUUUACUGAUAAUCUUGUCUCCUGUGCUAGUUAGGCAGCCUAAUACAGUAAAUACAAUGUGUUUUUUAUAUUUGGUUUACAGUAAUAUAAACCAAAAUAAUCUUGGAAUACUAUGCACUUAAGCAAGGUAUGCAAUUACAUGCAAAAAUAUUGAUAAAGGAUUCUUUAGCUAAUAUAAGUAUAUCUCUUAAGUCAGUGUUUGCUUUACAUGAGGGAUUAUUUCUAGAAAGUUCUUUGAAAAAAGUUUGUACAGUAUCAUUAUGCACAUGUAUUAUGACAGUAUAUGUUCAGCUUGAAAGAAUGUUGCAGGCUGUUGGUUUAAAUGUGUUGCAUGUCUAAAAUCAUCAAUACACUGCUAUUGUGUCCAAAAUAUAAACAGAUCAGAAUUCAGACUAAAAUGGCAAUUUUAUAGAACAUCUACUGUAUGUCUGUACCGUGUUAGCCAUUAAAAGGUGUCAUUUUGCUUGGCUUUUCUCUACAGAACAUCUAUAAAGUAUAAUCUAAUUUUGAAAAAAUAAUUUGACUAAAAUAUCUAUUUCAAAUUAAUGAUUAUAUUUAUCACCUAUUUAACGCAGUAGUAAUCUUAGAGGUUUAAUAUUUCUAUAUUGUAAACACACAAGUCACAGCUAUGCACUUGACUAGUAUUGCUUUUAACAUAUGCCUAUCAUUUUAAACCAAAUAUAAGUACAUUCAAACUUUUUAUACAGUAUUCCUGCUGCAACAAUGUUCCCCUCUCUCUGAUAAAAUAAUUUUGGCUGCAUAUAUUUAAACAUUAUAAAAUAUUUAAAGUCUUCAUACGCUGGUGUCGGUGAGACAUGUACAUUUCAGAAUUUAUCAUUUUUAAAUUGCUAUGAUUUUUUCAUAAGAACAUUCACGAGAAUAGAAUUCCAUUAAAACUGCAACUUAAUUUGUAGUUCAAACAUAUUUGAAAUCAUGCGAGUUUCAUGAAAGGGUAGAGAUUUCUGCUGGUGCAACUAUACAGCAUAUGACAGGCUUGGUGUUCCCAAGGCUGAAAAGGUCAAAUCAGAAGCAUCUCUAGAUUUAAAACACUUUUGUUCAUCUUUGAACACCUCCUUUUCACUUAAAAAAAACAGUAAUUGAUUUUACAAAUGUGUCUUAAUAAAUCAUACAGUGUACUUUCUCAUCUCUCAGUGCAGGAGUCUUCUUAUAGGCUAUAAUAAUAUUAAAAAAAUGUAAAUAAAUUCCUGAAUUUACACACGAAGUAAAGUGAAGAAUUGAGGGUUCUAAUUUUAGUGAUUCCGAGUUUGCAUUUGGAGUGAAAUACUUAUGACAGUAAUUAAA